UACAAAUCUAUUACAUUUAUUGAGCUCUACAUGGUGAGAGAAAUGAAAGUGUUGUGUUUGUUGUCUCUGCUGGUUGGAGUUGCACAAUGUUUUGAGGACUAUGAACAUGUAGAGGACUCAUGCAAUGCUAUAGCUCGAUACAUGUCCCGUAAAUCAGGGACAUACGACCAGAUGUUUUCCAAAGAGCCUGAGGAACCGUUAGAAUAUUGUGGAUCUGGGACCACGUGUUGCACAAGAGAAAUUGAGGAGAAUUUCUACAAUGAUACGGCUAUCAUAGUCCCCAGGAUCAGCUUCAUGAAGGAUCCUUAUGUUAGGAGGCUGACCAAUGGACGUGACCACCUAGUUGACUACAUGACCCAAGUGCUCACGAUGGCAUCUCGUUACAAUCAGCGAACCGGGAAACUUGUAGCUACCUUUAUGGAGAUGUCAAAGUACAAGAUCCAGACUAUUGACGUUAUGCAGUAUCCCGUGUUUACUCUGCUGGAUAUCGCCCAAUCUCAUGGAGUCAACAAACUCCUGAAUAGCACAAACUGUAUAGCGGAGAUGCGAGAUUUUCUACACCCUCUUGCUGCCAUGCAGAUAGAUGCUCUGAAGAUCGCAAGGUUGUUAUACAAGUCUAUCCCUGUUGGAAUAGAGGUUCUGACCGAGAUGAAGAACCAGGCAGUAUCACAGAGUUGUAUCGAACAACUGGUCAAGUCUCAGAAAUGCAGCGAGUGUCGGGACUCUACCGAUGUCAAACCAUGCCGUUCGUACUGUAUGGCAAUUACGAGUCAGUGUUUCUCACAUCUGACAGCAGUAGCGGAAGAUUGGGAGAAGUUUGCUUCAUUGACAGACGGAGCCAUGGAUAAACUUGACAACUUCGCUAAAGUCUACGAAGAAGCACUUUCCACUUCGAUUCAGAAGAUAGUGGAGAAGUUGAGGGACCCGCUAACUGCUGAUAUGUGUGGUUACGAUGUAUCUAAGAACCUGGCAGCGAAACACAAACGUGCUGCAGACGCUAGUGAAAGUAAAGCCAGGAAAGCUCUUUUCGAUGGCUCCUUCAUGUUAGGAAUGCUGGAGAAACUGGACUCGAUGCAUUGUCAGAGAUACAGCACUGAGGAGAUAAAAUGCUGGAACGGUUCAGAUGUUGGGCUAUUCACUGGCAGCAGUUCCGAUAUUCAAGUCACAAACGACGCAACCGUUACCCCAAAGCUUGUUGCUGCACUUCUUAAAGUCACGAAAUUCAACGAGUUUUUGAAGACGAUAGAGAACAUUGAGUUUAAGGGAGUCGAAUACAAUCUUGUUGCUCCCACGGAUGCGCCAGUGUUUGUUUAUAAUAAAGACAAGAAAUCUGCUGCUCUACAGACCGCAAUACUUUCCAUAGGACUAUUUCUUGUAUCAUUACUACUUCACUGAUACUAAUUUCUACAUAGGACUGAUGAGACUUUUGAUAUUUUAUGUCCGCUCAGAUAUUAGGCUCGUCCAACUCCAAGCACUAAUCACCUCUGUAAUGAUUACCCCCAAAGUUUGUGCAACCCACCGAUAUAUCAGUUUCAACCAGAAGUGCCUUCCUAGCCCAGAGUUGUGAAUACUUGUGAGCUUCUCGACUAUCAAGAGCUGCAUUUGUUUUCUGGCCCUAGGUUUUUUGUUCGAGUUAUGCCAGAAAAGUUUCAACCGCCUUUAACUUCUGCUAUUUACUGCCUUAGAUUAUGGCUAAAAGUUCUAGCCAGUUCAACAAAAUACAAGUUAGUUCAAGUUAGGCCGUAAACAUUAAUGUCCAGAAAACUUAGGGCCGAUAAUGAUUCUAAUACCCAAUUUUGCUGGUCAGAGUGGUUGCUCUAUGUAUCAAGAUCGAAUUGUUUUUAUUGUGCUAAGCUGUAAAACUGUCUCUCAGUAAUAGCUCAAAAUCUUUUACUGUAACAGAUCACAGUGAAUGGUAUAGUAACAGUGGGCUGUAUUUUAUUUUUUCAUCAUUUGUUAGAAUUAUAAAGGAGCAACUGAUUUCGAAGCAUCUUUCAGCAUGCAAUACAUCUUUACUCUUUAGUAAUUUAUUCUCCUAUAAGAUGCUUAGAACCAGGCUUGCCUCUUCAAAGCUGGUAUCGUCUUCAGAUUUACAGAUAGUUAUUUCCGUCUUUAGUAGUAAAACUGAGAGUUUCCCUUUAGAAUGGUCAAAUUAUUUGAUUUUUACCACAUUGACUUAAAUCAGGGGAAAUUUUCAGGGUUCAGCUUGCUGGCUGUAUUUGUGUUUAUACAUUGUUUACACGUAACAAUAUCAAAAGAUUAGUAUUUAAAUGAUAUUUGUGAGCGGUCUGUAAUUGUGCAUGUUUACCUUUUCAAGGUUUGUUGAUGUUGUUUUAUAAUAUACUGAUGGAAUAUAAUUAUGGAAAUGAUAAAUUCUUGUAAUUUUGGCACUAGGUGGUCUCUGUUGCCAAUUUGAUGAGUACCGUUUUAAAUAUUUGAUUGUUAUAGAAACGCCAUCUUUUUGUGAUUAA